AUGAUCAAAAUUUCGUCUCUCCUCAACGCUCCACCAUCUCCGGGUAUCCUGCCUCCAUUCUCGUCAUUGAGCCCGCCUCUCACCCCUGCACCAACCAGCCAAGCAUCUUCUGUCACGGCCAGCCCUCCACCUCAAGUUGCCCGCUCUGGUGGAGCCGCGACAAGCCUUCGUCAAAAGAUUGCCAAAGACGCUCCGGUGUUCAAUCGUAACCCAGCCCGGGGCGAGGUCAACUAUGGUCCGUUCGAGGUCAGUGACCGAUGCGCUAUGCUCAGCAAGCGAGAGCGCCAGGAGCUGGCUGAGCAUCACCGUGGCUUCAACAUCUUCCCCAACGGCAGCAACGAUCAGGGUCUGAUUCGUGACUUUGUUCGGCACUUGUGUCACAUUGUGAGUACUGACUCGUCCCANGUGUUUCAGUACACCUUCAGCCUGCCCCACGAGCCGAACAAAACCUACACUGUCAUGUGGGACUAUCAAAUCGGCCUUGUACGAAUCACACCUUUCUUCAAAGCAUGCAACUACCCCAAGACCCAGCCCAACAAGGUUCUCAGCCUCAACAGCGGCCUACGAGAGCUGUCCUUCAGCAUCACUGGUGGCGCCAUCGCAGCUCAGGGUUACUGGAUGCCUUAUGGAUGCGCUCGUGCUGUCUGCGCCACCUUCUGCUGGAACCUUCGCUGGGCACUUACNCCCAUCUUUGGUCCCAGCUUCAUCAGAGACUGCCUGCCUCCGAACCAUCCUGGUUUUGCAAGAUUCAGCAUCGACCCUGAUGUUAUUCGUGCAUGUGCUCGUGAGNNGGCAGAGGGCUGGCGUACCGGUGCCAGUACUAACCACUAUAGCCUUAUCUCGGCCCACCCUACCGCUGCGCCCGCGCUUCGCAUUCCUCGCUCAACUCCCAUGCCCAUGUCAGAGCCCAAACGUCUGCGUGCUCGACCUACGCGCCCUCGCAUCGAUACAGCCGCUCAUCUCGGAAGCCCCUUCCACAGCGAUGAUGAGAGUGCUGCGAUUGUCACCGACACAGUUCCCACUCGCCGAACCAUCUCUGACUCGCCCUCGGUAUCUCCCAAGACUCGCAUCUCUCCCACAGUCCACUGGGCUGUGGUCAACAACGCUCGCGAGGAUGACAACGGCACACCUACCCCUUGUGCCAGCCGCGUCAACGCGUCCAAGCUACCGGCAGACAUGCAAAACCUGCUCGUCACACCCACCUCCGCCACUGGACACACUCUUCCAUCUCAGGUAGUCGGCACCCGCAAGCGUCGCCGCUCGUCCAUCGGCGAACUCAUGUCUUCAUCGCCAACCACUUCGCUCACUGCAUCACCUAUCAUUGAUUCUGGUUCUGAUGGCGAAGACCCCGAGUACGUUGCCUCAUCAAGCGAGAAAGAGGACGACGAUAGUGCAGGCGAAGGACCGAGCAGUCAACCCAGAACAAGCAAGAAGAGAAAGAUCAAUGUGCCUGGGGUCGGCCACUUCAGACCCAGAGAGGUCAAUGCGGCCAAGAUGCUUCUUGCCUUGCACCAGGACGACGCUUCCAUCGGCGCUGUGUGA